AUGAAGCUGAUUAAUAAAGUUUUAGAAAAAGAUUCCUCAGGCUACAUUACACUUCUUCCAGAAGAACUGGAGGAUAUGUGGCAUAUCUACAAUUUAGUAUCAAAGGAUGAUAUGAUUAAAGCAACAACUAUUCGUCGGGUGCAGUCUGAAAGUACUACUGGAACAGUAACAAGUCAGCGUGUUCGCAUGGUUUUGACAAUCACGGUAGAAAGUGUUGAUUUCGAUCCUAUCGUUGGUCAUCUUCGUAUCAACGGCAAGGUCUCGAGCGAAAACCCACAUGUUAAGAUGGGAAGUUAUCACACAAUUGACUUGGAAAUGAAUAGAAACUUUACUUUGUUUAAACCUGAAUGGGAUAUCAUUGCAUUAGAAAGAAUUGAAGACGCUUGUGAUAUUACAAAGCAAGCUGAAGUGACAGCCAUUGUUUGUCAAGAGGGUCUAGCGAAUAUCUGUUUUUUGACUCCCAACAUGACCAUUGUUCGUCAGCGUAUUGAAAGUCCUAUACCACGAAAAAGAAGAGGUUCUUCAACAAAGCAUGACAAGAGCUUGCUGCGUUUUUAUGAACAAAUUUACCAGGGUAUCAACCGACUUAUACACUUUGAUGUUGUAAAGGCUGUGAUCAUUGCCAGUCCUGGAUUUGUAAGAGACCAAGUGUAUGAUUAUAUUUUUGAUCAAGCCGUGAAAACGGAAAACAAAGUACUAUUGGAAAACAAAUCCAAAUUCUUGCUUAUCCACAGCUCAAGUGGACAUAAGCAUGCAUUAACAGAAGUUUUAAAAGAUCCUGCGAUACAAGCAAAAUUAGCAGACACCAAGGCGGCACGUGAAGUUCAAGCACUGGACGCCUUUUACGAAAUGAUGGAGAUGGAUCCCGAUAGAGCGUUUUACGGUUAUCAGGAUGUAUCUAAAGCAAACGAGAGAGGAGCUAUCAAUACAUUAUUGGUUACAGACGAAUUGUUUAGAUCAGCCGAUAUUGCUACACGUAAAAAAUAUGUAGUGCUAGUAGAGCAGGUGAGAGAACAACAUGGAACUGUUCAUGUUUUCUCUAGUCUUCAUCCUUCAGGAGAACAACUCAAUCAGCUUACUGGUGUAGCUGCCAUCCUGAAUUUCCCUUUGCCGGAUCUUGAUGAAUUGGAAGAGUGA